AUGGACAAAGACCUUCAGCAACUUCAAAAAGCAAUUGUUAAUUAUUAUUUAACACUCGAAAAAAUUUAUUGUUACUGCAACAAUGAGAUUAAUAAGGUUAAAACCGGAGCAUUAACGUCACUCAAGAAUCAGAUGGAACAACUUCGUCAUGUAACAAGCCCUGCGGUAGAUACUGCAGAAAUUUGCUUGAUCAACGGCGCGCGGGAAAAACUUAUUUUUAAAAUAAACUUGGGAAUCGAAGAUGAACUCAAGCUUAUUGUUGAAGCUAUAAGUACUCUACAUAAUUACACUCAGGAGCUAAAGGAUAAAUAUCAUCAGCUAGAACAAGCUCGCAGCAAAAUAAAUUUCGCCGACCCGACAAUAAUUAAUUUUGUGAAUGGAACAAGUGAGCGACCUCGCCUGAAUUCAUUGCUAGAGUGGUCCAUGGAAAGUUUAGAGUUCUACAAAAAUUAUUACAGUGACAUAACUGCUAGUUUUAAGGCAUUAAACAUAAAAGACGAAGCCAGCGUUGACAGAUUAAUAGACUCUUUUAAUUCCAGUAGUAAAAGAAUAAAAAAAAUCCUCGCAUUCACGCAGUAUUUAAACAACAAACCGCGCUAG